AAGGAGAUAUAAGGGCUACGCCAACAAGGUCUACCAACAAUGGCACUGACGUUAGCGUUACCUUUAUUCGGUUUAGAUCCAGACCAUUUUUCUGCGCUCAGUAUGAAGCUUCUUAAUAUUGAACGUGAACAAAAUAUGAGAAAUUUGUCCGAUUCCGGGCGAACUUCUCCAAGUAGCGGAAGCGAAUCUAGUGGGAUUAGCAGUCUCGCUACAUCUGCCGAAUCUGCAUCAGUUGAAUUAACACCGAUUUCAUCAAGACCAGAGACACCCACUCCUAGAGUUCCCUCCAAAAGUCAGGAAAAGACUGUUCGCGUAGUAUACGGAGGUCGCGAUAUAUUGAAUUUGGGAGCGAACAUCAGACCGUCAUUCGACUGGCAAAUGAGAGAUCGAACAUUGUCCCGACAUAACAUUCAAGAUUUUAUAACUAAUCGUCUGGUGUAUCAUCGAUUGCGUGAGCAGCCGCUUACCAAAGAUUAUCUAACGAAACGUUGCAAUGAAUGUGAGUUUUGCGAACCGUCAUCUAUCUUCUGAUAUCGACUUAACCGUAACGAAACGAUUAACGACAACAAGUCCUGCGUACAACGUCAUGGAUAACUGAACUGUGAUAGACCGGAUAA